CCGCCCUCAUCCGUUACCACGGGCGCCUGGACCUUUCCGUGACGUCACGGAGGACACGCGCUCGGCUCUGACGUCGCGCCGCUGCCUCCAGGUGACGUCAGGGGGGGGGGGAAGGCCAGGGCGAUGCGGCUGCCGGCCGAGCCGGCCCAUGGAUGCCGAGCGGAUGGACAGCCUGGACGGCUGGGUCUCGGUGAAGAGCGGCCUGUUCGCGGAGACACAGCGCCCCCGCCUGCGCUUCCUGGCGGCCUGGAACGAGGUGGAGGGAAAGUUCGCCGUCACCUGUCACAACCGGCAGCUGCAGGCGCGGGCCGCCGAGCCCGAGGCCCCGGCUCCGAGCAGCUGGGCUGCGCUCUACUCCCCGCAGGAGCUCUGCUGCAUCCACCGGGUGCUGGCCGCCAGCUGCGCCGCCCUGGAGCGCUGCUUCCCCGCGCUGCCAGAGCUUAGGCCCCGGGGUCUGUGGGGCCUCUUGUUCCCAGGCAGCUCUCUGGCCGAGGGCUCCGAGCCCGGCCCCGACCUGGACUCCGUCUGCCGCCAGCUCGAACUCUACCUGGACGCCGCCAUCGAGCUCUGCGGACAUCGCAUCGCCCUGGAUACUCUCUUCCCCGAGGGCGAGGUUGAGGACUACUUCGAGAGUGUGAGCGAGCUCCGCGGCCGCAGCCUGGAGCAGCGGGUGGCCAGUGGACGGGAGGCGCUGAGGAAGAUCUUGAACCAACACAUUCAAGCUAAGAAUCUGGUAACCCUUAAAAGAUUCUACCUGGAGGAAGAUGAAGCCUAUCAGGAGCUGGUCACUGCCGCCACGCAAUUCUACCAGUGUUUACUGCAGCCUUUCCGGGAUAUGCGAGAGUUUGCCUCGCUGUGUAAACAGGAGGCCUUGAAAUCAUUGGAGUUUGACACUCUGGGUCCAAGGAGAAUUCAGAGUUUGCAGAAAGAAGUGGAAGAAUGGUCCCGGCGCAUGCAAGAAGCAGUCUGCUCAAUCCAGGACAUAACAGUGGAUUAUUUCCGGGAGACGGUGAAAGCGCUGGCAGCUAUGCAGAAACGGAUGGAAGAAGAUCGAACUAACUUUGGCAAAGCUGCCUGGGCCAGUGUGGCACCCAGACAGGAGAAUUUGAGGUUCAUGUUUGCGAAGGAAACGUUACAAUACACCCGGGCAAAAGAGCUGUGUUUGAAGCGCAAGAAAACGCAGAUUCAGUACAAGAUGGCGCAUCUUGACACCAGGAAAGCAGUGGCAAUGGUGGAUGAGUUAGAAAUGCAGUAUUAUGAAACUCAGCUGGAGUUGUACAACAUUCAACUUGAAACGUUAAAAUAUGAGGAGCUGCUGGUUGUCACUCAGCUGGACACCCUUCGACGUGAAGCCAGGGAGAAAGAGGAAGAAGUGGUUUACUAUGAUGCCUGUGAAGACCCUGAGCAACUUCGGGCCAAUGAAGGGAUGGGCCUGGUACAUGACAGUCGCUCGGUAGACAUUAAGAUGUUGUUGCAUAAAGUUCACCAGCUGGAGAAUAAACGAGGUGCCAUUUGCUCACGGCGAUCGUACCUGAGGAAUAAGCGGGAGGAGUGUAAAGAAACACAAAGAGCUAAGCAGCAGCAGUUGCAAGGAGAAGAAGCUAAUUUCCGACAACACCAUAGCAUUCAGCUGAAACAUGACCAGAAUAAAGAAGAAAACAUAAGGAGACGGGAGUGGGUAAACAUGGAGAGGCAAAAGACUUUGCUAAGGCUGCGUAGUUUUAAAGAGAAAUCCUCAGGACAGAUUGCAUUUAAACCUCGUUGUCAAACUUCCAGAGUGCAGAACCAAGACACAGCAGCAUCACACUCUGCCAGCAAAAAGCCAUCCAGAGCCUCCAAGUCUUCCAGCAAUGUUCCAGUGCACAUCUUCCUCCCGUCAGGUGCUGUAAUAUCUUCAGGAGAGGCAGACACAAGAGCAAUCUCUUCAGUGAUGCUUCCACCACCAGCGCCCCCACCACCACCGCCCCCACCACCACCACCUCCUCUUCCUCCGGUUCUCCUGAGCAGCAAGGGCACAUCAGAUGGCACGAAAGAACAGCCACUCACCUUCACCAGUGAAAAUUCAGCAAAGAAAUCCCUAAAGGAAAAUAUGGGAUCCAUGGACGAUGUGCUGGCUUCACUAAAGCGUGGCGAAGUGUUGCUUAAGAAGGUUGAUCGGACUAAGGUGCUGUCUGCAGAGAAGCCUGUGGGUUUGCGAGAUAAUUUGUUAGCUGAGAUUCGCCGAGGUGUCCCAUUGCGAAAGGUCCAAGAAGGCCCUGUCCAACCCUUGAACAAUGACCCAACCACCGAGUUAGAGCGCAGCAUCAAAGCAGCCAUGAAACGGAUGAAGACGGUGUCUCCGGAAUCUGAAGAUGAAGAUGACGACGAAGAUGCACAGGCUGAGGAAUGGGACAGCUGACCUAGGCUGUUGCCUGGUACUUGUUGCAAAUAACCUCAUCUGCAACUUUGGAUCUAGUCCAUCUGAAAUGGCUGAUAGGAUAAUGCAGUUGUAGCAAAAUAGAAAUGGAAGUGUAGCAGAUGACGCACCCAACCAGUUUUGAUGCUGAAGGAUCCAAUUGGUGAGCUCUUCUACCACAAAACCUCACAACAUUCACAGUGUCACGUGAAGGUUGGAAUAUGACCAUCCAAAAGUACCCGUGGUGCUUAAUCGCAGCAACUGGCAGUCAGUCAAUUCUGGCAUAAAGAAAAAUCAAUAUUCAGUCAUUUGAAUUGUGCCUUUACAUUAUCAGAUCUCGCCCUGCUGCAUACUAGCACAACAUACACACUUGUGAUGUGUGGAUACUGCGUACAUGCGCAUCUUCAAACAUGUUUUAAUCUUUUGUGUAGACUCUUCCUUCAGGCUGUUUUCCUUGCUCCCCAUUUCCCCAAUUCUCGCUGAGCUGCCUUGGUUUUGAUUUGAAGCCUGAUUAUCCCUAUUGCACUUAAGAGAAUAUUUUAAGAACCAAGAUCUUGUAUUAUCACUGUGCCAACAGAGUUCAUUUUUACAGUUCCUUUCAUGUAUUUUGAUUUCAGGUCCAGUGAUUGAGGACAGGGUAGGGAAGUGCAGGUGAAGGGAGAUGUCCACAAUGGUAUUAAAUGGUGAUGCAGGCUGGCGGCACAGUAUGUCUCCUGCGUUUGAUGUUGCGCGGUAGUAGAAAUAUCGGAGAAGGAAUGUCACUUCAAACAUGGGAGGCAGGAUGAGGAAAGAACAAAGGCUUCUAUUUUUCAUCUUUGAAGCCCGAGCCAGUACAUUUUUGGGGGGGGGGAAAACGUGUGUAGUUGUGAUGUGUGAAAUGCAGCCGCCAAGUUGUUUAUGGCGAGGUCCUGCUAACGGCAACCUGUCAAUGCCCCAUUAAUCACAUUCUGUGAGAGGCUCCAGGGCAAUGCUCCGGCUAUUGGAAUAGUGAUAAAGGGCAAUUUAAAUGCAGCUCACCUACGGUGAGGGUAGGGUUUGACGUUGGUGAGGGAUCACAUCCAGCCAGUAAAGCAUUCCCUACGUGCUGCAUGCGGUGACUUUAAGUGACAGCAUCACUUUUCUAAGGCACUGGGAUGUGAUUAUGGUGAGAUUUAAACACAAGAUUGAGGAUUUUAUAUUUGUACUGGGGCAUUAGGCUAGUGCAAGUUAGUGAGGAGAAAUGGCGAUACCAGGAGGCAGAACAGCAGUGUUUCAGCUGGUGAAAGUUAACUUGAUGGAAACAGUUGCCUCUGCUGCCCACUGUGAGCUGGGCUUCUACGGAAUGCUUGCAUGUCUGGAAAGAGAAUAAUUGAUUGAAAACUGGAAAGGGGCUGUUUGGAUUUAAUACAGCACAAGAUGCUUGAGCGAUGAACUGUUGACGUUGUACUUGCAAUGGGAGCAGUCCCGCUCUGGGUUUGAUGAGGACCGGGACACCAGUGUGUGGUUCUGGGGUUUAAAGGGAACCUUCCCAAGCAGAGGCAACCUUUUCAGUGCAGCUGUUUAACGUCUUUCGUCCCAGUCUCUUGUUGGAUGACGGCUGUGUAUUUGGUUGUAAUGCCCUCCAUAGUUGAAUAGGGAUGCCAAUAUUGUUUGGACAUGAGAAAGGUGGUUAGUAAGAAGAACUGAAAAGCCAUUUAAAAAGAUUCAUCCAAUUGAGAACUGCACAAUAGCUGAGGGAGAACAGACUAAUAUUGCAUUGUGCUUUUCACUCUUUGCUGCAGAAUUAUUCCUCCCAGAAUGUUGAUGUGAAUAAACCACUGCUAAUCCUGUUAACUAAAUGGAGACAUAAGAGACUGCAGACGCUAAAAUCGUGAGCAAAAUAGCAAACUUGCUGAGGAACGUAGCAGACCAGUCAACAAAGUGGAGGGAAAUGUUCAGAUGACAUUUUCAGUCAGGACCCAUUUUCAGACUGAUGGAGUAGAGGGCAGAAAUCUGGUGUAGAGAGGUAAGGGGUAGGGAUGGUCAAGAGAUGAGCCUGCUGGAUACUCUGGUUGCUCGCCAUUUUAAUUAGUCUGGCCUCGACCUCCACCACUCCGGACUGAAGUCACACACCAACUAGAAGAACAGCACCUUGUAUACCAUUUGGUAGCCUGCAAUCCAACAGCAGGAACGUCGAAUUCGCCAAUUUCAGGUAGCUCUCCGCCCUUUCAUAUACCCAGUUUCUCCCCACUCUCGUUCAUGCUUCGCACUACCCCAACCCCCCCCUCCCCCUCAUUGAUGCUAUCACUGAAUUAUUUUCCCCACCCCUCCUACUCCAUAUUCUUCCCCUAUUUUCCUUCCCCCCUCCUGGUCCCUUCCACACACUCUUCCCUCCCCCUGAAGUAGGGUUUCGGCCCGAAACGUUCCCUAUUUACUUCGCUCCAUCGAUGCUGCUGCACCCGCUGAGUUUCUCCAGCAAUUUUUCCAGCAAUUCUACCUUCCCUCCCCCUGGUUCUGUCUUCCUCCACAUCCUUUCUUAUCAGAUUCCACUUUUGCAUAUUUUUGAUUUCCCUCACCUCCAGCCUCAGUUACUAUUUUCACCCAUCUCUCCUCCACCUGCAUCAUUUGCUAAUCAACUCCUCACUUGAAUCCACUUUGCUAGUUCUUGCCACAGCCCUACCCCUCGGCUUUCUCCUCUCUACUCCAUUAAUCUGAAGAAGAGUCCUGACUCAAAACGUCAUCUGUCCACAUCCUUCCAGAUGCUGCUGCCCUGCUGUAUUCCUCCACAACUUGUUUUUUUUUUUGCCUCAGCUAAUUAUGGAAGUUUGUCUUUUCAGGAACUGCUUCUGCAAAUAUAUUCUUAAAUUAUUAUGCUUUGCACAGAUCAAUGACUGAAAUUCACAACCAUUUAUUUUUAAUAUGAAUAUUAUUACUCCAUGGCAUGAUUACAGAGCAUACUCUUGUUUCAAAGGCUCUCUUGAUAAUGGAAAUGUUUUUGUAUUGUGAGCAUUUAUUGUACAUUUUAUUCCUUUGCUCUUCAAAGGUCUGCCUGCCGUGGAGAAGCAAUUACUCAUGGAAGUCUUUACCAUCUGCUGUACGAGGUAUUCUUUGUCUCUCCAGUUGUCAGUGCAGUUAAUAAAGUGUUUAAGCUCUUUCAGCAAAUUUAUAAA